GCGCAGUGGCGGCGCGGCGGUGACGGUGGCAGUGACGGAGAAUAAAUUAAGACAUGGCAGAAGCAGCUUUUCACCCCCCAAGAAGGAAAAGAAGAGUUUUGGAGUCCUACGAGGCUCCCUUUCCCGUGGAUGUGGGGGGGAAGGAUUUCAGACUCUGCCAGGCUGAGAUCAUUAACAACAAUGUGAUUGUGAGGAACCCCAAGGAUAUUGAACAGCUCUACAACAAGGGCUAUUUUGGAAAAGGGAUCCUGUCCAGGAGCCGGCCAGUGUUCAGCAUUUCAGAUCCUCUGCUGGCAGCCAAGUGGAGAGGUGUGAAGACAAACAUGCCCAUAAUUACAUCUCAAAAGUACCAGCGCCGUGUGCAGUGGGCUCAAAGUGUCCUGCAGGAGCAGGGCCCCGGGACAGCCCUGAGGGGAUCCCGGUGUAGCCCUGAGGGGAUCCCGGUGUAG